CCGUCGAUCAGAAUCAGAAAUCAGCAGAAAACGCGCGUCGCAUUGUUGUCUCUGCUCGUGUCGUGCACCUCGUUCGCAAUAUAAUUCCCUUCGCUCUGUUUUUACUUUGUUUUUCACCUUUAAAUGUAUUUAUUUGUGUUUUUUUUUUUAACCGCAAACUUGGUGAAACAUUAAAUGUUUGCCAAACAAACUAAAGAAACUCGGCUCGAAAGCAGAGCGAAUUGAAUUGAUAAACCAGACGAAGCAUUUGUGAUAACAGACGCGUCCAACAAACAUGUACAAAUAGCUAACGUAGAUACGCGAUAAACGAGAAAACAAAAAGAAAUACAAAAACAUAAAAAAAAUAAAACGAUAAACACUGAGAGAAAAGUUGAUGGUUCACAUUCGGCCGGAAGAGAGGUAGCUCCAGCAAGAUGAUCAAACUGAAAUCCUUGUUCCGCAGAGGACAGGGCACCUCCAGCUCCAACUCCUCCAACUCGUCGCACAAACAGCAGCAGCAGCACUCCAACAACAAUCGCCAAAAGUCACAGUCCAGCACCUCCCUGAACACGGCCCAUGAGCAGCAGCAGCAGCAGCAGCAACCCAAUCACGGAGCAGCCACAACCAAGUUCUAUUCCCAGGAGGCGGCCAGCUGCGAGAGGGGCGUGGAUGUUGGCGAUGAGGAGGCACUAAGGCUGACGAAUCAACAGCAGCAACAGAGGCGACAACAGCAGCAGCAGCAACAGUUGCAGCCACAGCCAGUGCAGCAAAGCCAAACCUUACCCACAAAGAAAUCCAAACUUAAAGGACAGAAGCAACCGAAACAAUUGCCAACCAGCAAUGCUACAGAGCAGCAGCAGCCGCAACAACAACAACCACCUCUGAUGACUUCCCUGGCAGCCGCGCCACCUGUCCAGCCCGCCACUGGCAACAGCAACUCAUCCAACAACAAUAACAACGCAUUGGCCGCCCUCCAAGAUGGUGGCGCUGCUGCCGCCGCUGCAGCAGAUUUCUAUCAGCAACUAGCAGCAGCAGCCACCGCCUCCGCCUCAGCCUCAGCCACAUCCUCCUCCGGAGGCAGUAGCCAGAAUACGGAUAGUCAUAGUCCGGCGAAUGCAUUUCCGGCAGCAGCUGCCGCCGUUGCCGUAGCCGCCGUGGCAGCCAGUAGCUUUCAACAGCAACAGCAGCAACAACAACAGAAACAACUAAUCAACAGCGAACAGCAACAACAGCAACUCUUAGAGGCUAACAACAAAAUGCAGGAGCUGCACAAGCAGCUGGAGAGACUGGGAAGCGAGCACCUGCAGCUGGAGACACGCAUCACGGAGCUGCUGCCAUACCAAAGCGAGGUGGCCAGGCUGAAGGGCGAUCUGGUUAAGAUGCAGAGUCUACAGGAGAAGACCCAAAUGGAGAUCGGCAACCUGAAAUACGAGAACGAAUCUCUGCGCAAUCGGCUGCGGGACGUUGUGAACUCGCCGCUGUCGGACGCGGAGAAGCACCAGAUCAUCCAAGACUCGCAGCGUUUGCACAGCUCGGCCCCAGCCUCAAUAGCCCUGCCAAGUACAAACGAUGCCCAGGAUGGUACUCCUUGCCUCACACCCGACUGGGAUAAACAGUCGUCCUCCAGCGAGAUCUCUGUAGCCUGCCUGCAGGACAAAAUCAUCCAGAUGGAGGAGACGCACUACUCGACCAACGAGGAGCUGCAAGCCACGCUCCAGGAACUGGCCGAUCUGCAGACCCAGCUGACGGACACCCAGACGGAGAACGAACGCCUGACCGAGGAGAAGGAUGUGCUGUUCCAGUCCCUCUGCCGGCAGACCGAGAAGCUGAACGAGUCGCGCACUCAGAUCAGUACGCUCCAGGAGCUGCUGCUGCGCGAUACCAAGCAGGCGGCCACGGAGGUUAGUGCCUCGGAGCGGGAGCAGAAGCUGCUGGAUCUGAUCAAGACGUCGCAGGAGGAGCGCGAGGCCGUUCUGCUUAAGCAGGAGGAGAUGGGCGCCGAGCUGGCGGAGCUCCGGCAGGCCAGGGAAGCUGGCCAGCAGGAGCAGCAGCGACAGCGCGAGAGGAUCGCCCUGCUGGACUCCCAGCUGGACGCGGCCAAUGCCGAGCGGAGGCAGGGCGAGGCCCAGUUCUCGCAGGCCAAGGACGAGAUCUCGCAGAGGGCCAUCGAGAUCAGCCGGCUCAGCACUCUGCUGGAGAAUGCCCGCUCCAAGAUCGAGGAGCUGGAGGCCGACCUGUCGCGCGGCGACAAGACGGACCUGAGCGACGUCCUGGAUGCGGCGCGCAAGGAGAAGGAUGCCCUCGAGGAGCGAGUGGCCGAGCUGCAGGAUCAGUGCUCGCGCAGCCAGGCCGAGCUGCGGCGUCUGAAGGAGCAGCUCUCCGGCGUCACCGAGGAGUGCAAGGUGGCCAAGAACAAUGCCAAGUGCGCCGUCUCGCAUCUUGAAUACCGGCUGGAGCAGCUGCAGCGGGAGAAGGACAAGCUGGCCGGCGAGUGGCAGGUCCUGGAGGAGCGGGUGGCCGAACUGCAGGUGCAGUGCAAGUGCCACCAGGAGGACAAGGCCCAGCUGCAGUCACUGCUGGGAGAGACUCAGCGGCAUCUCGGCGAUGCCCAGGUGGCGUUGGGCGAAACGGAACGUCGCCUGGAGCAGGAGAUCCAGCUGCGCCGCAAGGACGCCGAGGAGUGGCAACAGUUCCAGGCCGAUCUCCUGAUGACGGUGCGCGUGGCCAAUGACUUCAAGACUGAGGCGCUCAGCGCCCGGGAGCAGCUGGUGCUCGACAACAAGACCCAGAAGGAGAAGAUCCAUCUCCUGGAGCAGCAGCUCGACAAGCUAACCAAGCAGCAACUGCAACCGUCCGAGACGCCGCAGUCGGUGCUGUCCACGGUCCAGCGGGAGAUGGAGAUGGCCACCAGGAGGAACAAGAUGAACUUUAGUCGCCAGGACUCCCGGCUAUCCGUGAAGACCCUCAUCGAGAGCAUUGAGAACAACAAAACGCAGGCCAAAGCGGAUGAGGCAGAGUCUCACUACAGUUCCACGUCCAGCUUGAACAGCGGCACACCGGAACUGGGACACACACCCAUCAUUCUGCCUCCGUCCAGUGACUGGCACGAGAGCCUUCGCCUGCCUGUGCUGCAGAGCAGCAAUCUGCACGUGAACGUGGGCAGUCCGGCGUUAGCCAGCAGCUCGGGAGGAUCAGCUAGUAGCACUACCAAAGCCACAUUGCCGCUGCGGGAACAGCAGUCGGCAUCGUCAGCGCCGCACCAGCUGCAGCAGCAGACAUCCCAGCAGAGCCAGAGUUCGCUCCAGACUCUGUCGCAGCCCUCCACACCGGCCACGCCCAGCAGUGCCGGCAGCAGCAGCAGCAGUGGCCUGCCCUUUGGCAAUGUCUCAAAGUCCUUUAUCGGCGGUGAACGCAAGGAUCCGUUGAAUAUGCUGGCCAAGAACGGCGGCUCGAAGCGCAACGCCCUGCUGAAGUGGUGCCAGAACAAGACCGUGGGCUAUCGCAACAUCGACAUCACCAACUUCAGCUCCUCGUGGAACGAUGGCCUGGCCUUCUGUGCCAUUCUGCACUCGUAUCUGCCCGAUCGCAUACCCUACGAUCAGCUGAGUCCAGCCAACAAGAGGCGCAACUUUUCGUUGGCCUUUGCCGCCGCCGAAUCCGUGGGCAUUGGAACGACUUUGAAUAUCAACGACAUGUGCCAGAUCGAAAGACCCGACUGGAUGCAGGUCAUGUCCUAUGUGACGGCAAUCUACAAGUACUUUGAGACCUAGAUGAUAAUGGACAUAUGGAUAUGGAUACAAUACUGCCCACUGGUCCGGUCCAGCGGGUGGUCCAGCUUUUGUGUAUAUUGAUGAUUUUCCAGCCUGGACUGCAAGCGAAUCUAUUUUUUUUUUAAAUCUUAACAGACUCCCCUCCUUUUAGUGCGUACGAUGCGAGUUUUUUUUUUUUUUUGUUAAACCCCCAUCCACUGAUCCUCAAGUGUGUCCUACGUCCAUGUUCUUGCCCGAGUGCAGUGGAGGAAUCCGAAGCAUUUUGUUUGUUUUUCCGGACGAUCGAUUUACCUAUUAACUAUCUCUAAUAAUUAAGUUUAUUGUAAACGGAGCUGCUGGUGACCAGAUGACCAGGUGGCCAGGUGGGAGACGAAUCAUCAUCACAGUUUUCGGCUCGACUGCACUCGGGCGAUGUAGCUUCUAGUUCUCUAGGGAGUUAUGAGGAGAGUUUAUUUUAAAAUGACCACAGAGAUAUGAUGAUGAUAUGAAGCCUAACUAUAGUGUUAAUAACAGGAGAUGGCCCGGACUAGCUUUAGCAUAUAUACUAUUAAUUAUUUAUUCCAACUACAAAACAGAUCACUAUAAACUAUAAAAACUAUACAACUUUAAACUAUAAAUUGUAUUUUUCUCAACGAUUCAUUCUACAUACGAUCCUACCAUAAAAAACAAAAUACAAAAAAUGAAAAUAUUAAA